AUGGAUCCUUCAACGGGACUCGUUUGGCCCGCUCGCACAACUUGCACGAUCUGCGGCUUGGUGAUCCAAACGAUCUCCAAUUACGAUCCACUCUGGUUGUCAAAAUACCGUGUUCUCUAUGAUGAGGAAGCCAAUGAGCCUCAUAUGUCCGGAAAUAUCAAGGUGUCUGGCAUAGGGGGGAAUUGGCAGAUCAUCUCCAGCGACUGCAUAUAUUUUCCAAGAGACUACACGAAACAAGUCGAGUUCCCGACGGACUAUCACAGAAAAACUCAUGGCAAAGUUGACCUCGGAACUCGAACAGCCCAUAUAUUCCAUGAUUCAUGCUGGACACUGCUUGAGCGUUCAUACGCGCCAUUACCAGUUCCCUUGAAAGACUUGCACGAUACCUGUCGAUCCAAGAAUCUUGAUCCCGUGAAGCGACUCAUUGAUUGGGGCCACAAGCAUUUGAGAGACUUCCGAAUCCCAAUCCCGGGCGGCGAGGACUACGAGCAAUACUUGGGAAGAUUCCCGGAAUUGGCCCAUGACGGCGGGAGCACACGAGAUCUUCUACCUGAGCGUCGAUACCCCGACCCUUUAGGUUCUGUGGAGGCAAGGUCCUGGCGAGUUGAUGAUGAUAUGCUGCGAGCAAUCCCUUCCUCGAUGGGAGAAUACAACACCGUGUGUGUGAGCCGGCUGGGUCGUCUUCCACCUGAAAUUCGAGACACCAUCGCGCAGUAUCUUCCUGCACGGGAUGUUCUAUCUCUAGGAAUAGCAUGUCGUCCCUUUUUACCAGUCAUUUACGAUGAGCUCUACCACAAGCGACACUUUGGUCCAGGCGGCGAUGGAGCUUGGUUCUUCGAAGCGGAUGCAUUUCGCCGGGAGAAAGGCUGGACGUGGACGCAGCUAUUCCACUUGACAGGGCGGAGAUCCUUGAGUUCCCUACUGCCGAUUUUCAUUAGAAGCAAGAUAUGGGAGCUAAUCCAGUUUGUGCAGACGGAAGUUUCGAAGUUCAAUGCUUCAUCGAAAGUUUCGGAGGCCAAUGCUUCAUCAAAACGGAAGUAUUCGUCAAUAAGUGGCGAGGCAGCACCAGGAACCACAAUCGAGAAGAAACAGAGGCGGCAAAGGGAUAAUUCUUCUUCCAAAUGA